AUGAGUCAAGAACCUCGUAAUUUAUUGUUUCAGGCAGGGUCUCAAAGGACUCAAGCUGCUUUUGAGUUGAGCAUCAGACACAUCUUGCAUAUCUUUGUAUUUCGGUUGCAUAACAAGCAGUGCCACUAUGAUAAUUACAAUUGCAAGUGCUCUGCUCUUCGUAGAGAUCAAGGAUGCAGCAUUUCUGAAAACGUUGUCAGAGGUUAUGCUAUCACUUUGGCUGAAAUGGGAACUCCGGGCAAUGGUUGUACUCAGCCUAACCUUUCAGCUUAUACUGAUUGGUUGGCAACAGUUGCCCUGAGCACUCUGCUUAGGACCAGAAAGGAACAAAUUACCAGUCCUCUGGAUAUAUUUUGGGCCCCAUUCCUACUCUUGCAUCUUGGUGGUCCUGAUACCAUCACUGCUUACUCCUUGUCAGACAAUGAGCUCUGGCUCAGACAUUUCUUCGGGUUAUGUUUCCAGAUUGUAGUAGCUCUCUAUGUCUAUGUCAAGUUUUGGACCCUAACCGUAACUACGCUCAACUUUUUGGCCAUUCCGGUAUUCAUUGUUGGAAUUAUCAAGUAUGGGGAGAGGGUUCGGGCUCUCUUCAAGGCCAGUAGGACAAGGUUUAGGAAGUCUGUGUUCUCAGGUGCCAAAAGUUUCCAGCUUGAAGUUGACCUUCUCCAGGGGCCUUCAAAUGGGGACAUGAAGCUGGAGGAAUAUUUAAAUCAGCACCAAAUUAAGGACGAAUACAGGUAUCUUUAUCGAGCCUUUCAUUUAUUCCCGGUGUUCAGGCCCCUAUUUGCGGACCUCAAGCUCAGAAUUUACAAAAAUUUAAGUUACAUAUUUGAAAUGGAGUCCAAAGUGACAGCAGAAGAGGCCUUCAAAAUGGUAGAGAUUGAACUUGGUUUCUUGUAUGAUCUCCUCUAUACGAAGCUCCCUAUAGUUAUAUCUGGAAUGGGUGUAAUUCUCCGCUCCAUUUGCCUGUCAUUCAUCGUUUCCACACUGAUUGCAUUCUUGAUCAUCGUUGGUAAGCAUGGCUACUCGAAAGUUGACAUUGGCAUAUCCUACUUGUUAAUGGUUGGGGCUAUCUUUCUUGAAAUUUAUUCAGCCAUUCUGCAUCUUAGCUCUGACCGAGGAAUUCACUGGUUGAUUGAUCAAGAAAACUGGUUUCUUAAGGCUAUUGCUUCCAAGUUAGUUCUUUUGACUAAAUCCAAGAAGGGAAUUCGAUUCAUGGCACAGCACAGCCUACUAGAUUAUUGCCUCCUGCCUAGGAAAAUCAAGAUUGCUGCAGUUUUAAACAUAUUUGACUCGGAGGACAAAUUGGAAAAGUACUUCCAUACCAGUUGGAAGGAUGUGAAUCCUGAUUUGAAAGAAAUCAUCUACUCUCAUCUCCUGGAAAAACGAAAGAUAUAUCAAAAUGCAGGUUUCAAUUCCAAGUGUCUCUCAGAGUUAUUGGAUGAGAGAGGUUACAAUGUGCUUAAAGACAAAGUGGGGUCCACAGCUGACAUUGGUUGGAGUUUAUCUGAUGCAGAAUUUACCCACAGUCUCCUCUUAUGGCAUAUUGCUACAGAUCUUGUUUACCAUGACGAUCAUCAAAGUUUUCGAGCCGGUAACGUCGGUCCAUAUUGCCAAAUCAGUAAGCUCUUAUCCAAUUACAUGAUGUAUCUCCUCUUUCUCUGUCCAGCAAUGCUUCCUGAAGGUAUUGGCAACAUAAGGCACCAUGAAACCUGCAUUGAAGUUAAGAAUUUUUUCCUUGAAAGGUCAAAAUUCAGAGAAGCCAUUAAGGGAAUGUUUGGAAUUGACAUUGAAUCUCGAUCCUUCUUUAUCGAGAUGGGGAGUCGGAGGAAGUCAGCAUUCUUCGAAGGCUGCCAAAUUGCUUACCAAUUGCGAUAUUUGGUGUCAGAGUUUCGAUGGGAUCACCAAGAAAAAUGGGAACUUAUUGCUGGAGUGUGGCUAGACAUGCUGACUUAUGCUGCGAGUCAUUGUUCGUGGAAAGAGCAUACCAAACAACUUCAGCAUGGUGAGGAAUUGCUUACCAAUGUCGCCCUUCUCAUGGCACAUCUUGGUUUAAGUAAGAAAAUCGAACUGGUGGAUUUACCCGAAAGACUUGAGGCAGUUCAUUUUAAGCCUAGCUGGUAUUGGAAUAGGCUUGACCGAUUAGCUUAUUACUUGGCUUAG